GACGACAUGGUCCUGCAGCUCCUACCGGCUCUCAGCACCCUGCCCCGCCUCACCACACUAGCCCUCAAUGGCAACAGGCUGACCCGGGCCCUGCUGCGUGAUCUUACUGACACCCUGAAGGACCCCAGCAAGUUCCCCAAUGUCACGUGGAUAGAUCUGGGCAACAACGUGGACAUCUUCUCUUUGCCCCAGCCCUUUCUACUCAGCCUGCGCAAGCGUUCUCCAAAACAGGGCCACCUACCCACCAUCCUGGAGCUUGGUGAGGGCCCAGGCACUGGAGAAGAGGCCUGGGAAGGGACUGUGGCCCAGGACCCUGGAGGGAGCCCUGUAUCACUUGCCAAAGACAAGGGCAAAGAGGCUGGGACUCAGACGUGACACCGAAGUGGGGAACCUCAGGAGAGAAUUUGUGAGGUAGGAUGGCUAAGCCAGGCUCAGGAGCUCCGGCCAGGAGAGCUCAGGCUAUGGUGAAAAAUCAGCCUGGGCAGUCCCAACCACAGGCAGACCACAGGACCUGACGAGGAUUUGUGAACUACUUCCCUUUAGUCCUCUCCUCACUGUAAAUCUCAACAUAUGCCUUUGGCUCUAAGAAGUCUUUCCCAGCUCAAGAGGUUCCAGGAACUCCUCUCAGCUCAGCCCUGGGCCUCCCCUAGACUUGGGCACAGCAGAGGGCUGUAUGCUUAGAGAUGCUGGGAACUUAGGCCAGUGGUAAUGUAGAGCUCUCUUCCACAAGUCUAAUGGGCCACAGGGAUUUUUCCCCUUUUUGACACCAGGUCUCGCUAUAAUCAGGCUGACCUUUAACUCAAAUGUAUGCCAGGCUGGCCUUAAUCUCUCGGUGACCCUCGGGACACCCAACAUUUUUCCAAUCUUGCAUUACAUUCAUUCUGCCUCCCACUCACAGGAGGUUGGGCCUUUCUCACUGAAUGAGCCUGGGUCCUGUAUCUAGGCUAAGCAUGGAAGGCCUACAUCUCCUUGUGGAGCCUCAACCUCCACUUAAGGUCUCCUACCUAUGAAGACCAGUUACCACCACUCUAUUUACAAGACCCUGCAUGCCACAUGGCUGUGCCCGGGGCAGGCCAGCUUCCAUCAUUGUGAAAAAAGGCAACUUGGAAACCCAGGGUCUUGGAACAGCCCCAUAUCCUCAUCCUCACUCUGUAGGCCAGGACUGACCUACUAGCUGGGUUUCAGAUGUUUUUCAAAUUCCUUUUCCAUUUAGUUCCUUAAAUAAUCCAUACUUUGACCAUAUUCCCAAGAGCCACUACAGGAGGCUCUUAAAAGCCCAGAACCAUGAAGAUGAUCCCAAACUCUGGGCAGCCUCACUGGAGGUGCCCUUGGUGCCCAACUCAGCAAAGCCUUUCCCCCUACAACAACUUACUUUUUGGAACUUGGGACACUGCAC